CCAUUCUUCGACUAUUUUAAGGACACCAUUCAACUUUAUAGAAUAACAUACAUCAAACUAUUAAAAAAAAAAAACACUAAGAAAUAUUUUCUUUGAUUUGUGCAAAACUUAGGCUAGUUGUUAUGGAUAUUGGAAGCAAUGGAGGGGUGCAAAAGAACAAGGAAUGGGAAACAACUCGUGCCACCAAGACGGGGCGGCUCGAGCUUGUGUUAAGGGUGUUGGCCUUAAUACUAACACUAGCAGCUGCCAUUUUGUUAGGGUUGGACAAACAAACUAAGAUUGUUCCUAUUAAAGUUUUUCCUAAUCUUCCGGCUCUCAAUGUGCCUGUCAUGGCUAAAUUCAGUCAUGUCUCUGCUUUUGUGUACUCUGUGGUGGCAAACUCCAUCGCCAGUGUAUUCGCGGCGGUAUCACUAGCUCUUACAUUAGGGAGCGGAAAAGGUGGUUCGCGCUUGAUGAUGAUCUUAGUUUUGGAUUUGAUUAUGGUAUCAUUGUUGUUUUCAAGCAUUGGAGGAACGAGUGCAGUCGGAGUUAUCGGUAUAAAAGGAAACUCACAUUUACAAUGGAACAAAGUUUGUAAUGUGUAUGAUAAGUUUUGUCACCAAGUUGCAGCUUCAGUUGUCCUCUCUUUAUUAGGGGCAAUAAUACUUCUUUUGUUAGUAAUUCUCACAGCUUCAAAGACCCAAAAGAGAGCCUAAAUGUUGUUAAAUGCCUUGUAAUUUCACUAGUUUAUUGUAAUAUUGAAUAGAAUUUCAAUUCCGUUUUGCACUCUAUCCUUAAACACAUUUGUUUUGGUACGUCAUGAAUUCAAAUAUGGAUAACGACAAGAUCACUGUAUGGGGAAUAUCUUUUAAUUGUGUUAAGUUUAGGUUUAUAAUUUUAUUGUUAUGUCUCUACCUUUCGAAAA